AUGACCCGCACGCCCCGCACGCUUGUUAUGUGCUUCGACGGCACCGCCAACGAGUACAACGGCAAGAACACGAACGUCGUCAAGCUCUAUUCGCUCCUGAAUCAAGAGCAUGCCGGGCAGCUCUGCUACUACCAGCCGGGCAUCGGCACGUAUUUGAAUCCCGGCGUGGUAUCCCCAGUGUUCUCCUGGGCCGCGAAGGUCCUCGACCAGGGAGUUGCUUGGUACCUCGACGCCCACGUCCGAGACGGAUAUCGCUUUCUCAUGCAGAACUACCGCCCAGGCGACAAGAUCUCUCUGUUCGGAUUCUCGAGGGGAGCCUACACUGCCAGAGCCCUAGCUGGAAUGAUACACAAGAUUGGACUCCUCCCCAGGGACAAUCCUGAGCAGAUCCCGUUCGCUUACAAUCUCUACAAGCGGACGGAUGCCGAGAGCAUCACGAUCGCGGCAGGCUUCAAGAAGACGUUUUGCAGAGAAGUCCAAAUCGAGUUCGUGGGCGUCUGGGACACUGUCGCGAGCGUAGGCAGUCUCGUCAGCAAGACUUUGCCAUUUGUCGCGAACAACACCACCAUCAAGACGUUCAGACAUGCCCUGGCACUGGACGAGCACCGCGCCAAGUUCCGCCCAAACCUGUACCACCGGCCCAGCCCUCUAGACCAGUGCACGGACAAGAGCGCUCUGAAGCAGAACGUCAUGACGCCGGUCAAGAAGGGUGUCUUCCCCCCUCCGAGCCCUAGCAAGAUUGCGGCUCUGUCGGAGAAGAUGCGCCAGAGUCUCGGGAAGCGGUCCUCGAAGCACCAUUCCAAGCACCACUCUGAGUCUGCAGGUCUGGAAUGGGCGAACCUGCCAUCGGCGGCGGCAGCUGAGUUUGGAUGGGAAGAGAAGCCUGCGCAUGGCACCGACGUGCUGGAGGUUUGGUUCGCAGGCUGCCAUUGCGACAUAGGGGGCAGCGCAGUCCCUGAUACGGAGAAGCUCUCCCUCGCAGACAUCACCCUCCGCUGGAUGGUCAAGCAGAUCGUGCGCGCACAGUGUGGGAUAGUCUUCGACACUGACGCGCUGCACGACGCGAACAUCCCCGACUCGAUCUUCACCGGCCCCGACUUCCCCCCGUUGCACGAUGAGCUGAAGAGGAUGCCGCUGUGGUGGAUCCUCGAGCUCCUUCCAACGAACUACAAUUGGCAGGAGCCGAAUGGCCGCUGGCACAAUGCCUGGAGCAUCCAUCUCGGCCGGGCCCGCCAUCUCCCACCCGAUCCAAACCUGCACAUCACCGUCAAGGAACGCAUGAAUGACAAGGCAUUGCGAUACGUACCGCGGGCGACAUGGAGGCGCGGCAGCGAGACGUUCGUCGAUUAA